GUGGCGCGAAGCGCGUGCUCGGCGUUUUUAUGGCCCUUGGGUCGCGUCUUUCCUUCUCUUCGAAGAUGACGAAGCCGGCCGGCAUUUCUUCUUGCCUUUGGCUGGGAUGUGCUACUACCUUUGUCAUCAAGCCAGUGAGUCCCCAGUCUUACUGACCUCUUUGCUGUUUCUCAUAUGUACAAGUUUUUUUCUGCAAUACAGUGGAUACAGUUUGUUAUGGCUACUCUGAGUGUUAUAGGUUCAAGUUCACUUAUUGCUUAUGCUAUAUUCCAGAAUAUACAGAAAUCUCCAGAGAUAAGGCCAAUCUUUUAUCUGAGCUUUUCUGACCUGCUCCUGGGGAUAUGUUGGCUCAUGGAGGCACUUCUCUAUGGAACUUCAGCAGCAAGUAAGGACAUUUUCUGCUAUAACCUGCAAGCAGUUGGACAGAUAUUCUACGUUUCUUCAUUUCUCUACACUGUUUAUUACAUCUGGUAUCUAUACAAAGAGCUGAGGAUGAAACACAACCAGAGUGGACAGAGCACUUUUCUACCGGUUAUAGAUCAUACCUAUCAAGUUGGUCAAAUAGCCAUCAUUUUGUCAAGCCUCAUACCUCUACUGUUGAUGAUACCUGUAUUCUAUUUGGGCAAUGCUAGUGAAUGUUUCCGCAACUUCAGCCAGAGCCACAGGUGUAUCCUGAUGUACUCACCACCAUCAGCCAUGGCAGAACUCCUGCCUUCUGCCAACACAUCAGUCUGCAGCACACUUUAUUUUUAUGGGCUCAUCAUUUUCCUGGCCAGCUUCCUACUCAGCCUCUUCAUCAUUGUGGUCUUACUCAUCCAAGCCCAGACACUUUUUAAGAAGUUUGUGAAAUCGACUGGCUUUCUGGGGAGUGAACAGUGGGCAGCAAUUCACAUCGUGGAGCAGCAGGUGCUCUUCUACCCGGUGGCCUUCUUUUGUUGCUGGGGCCCAGCUGCCAUACUGAUGAUCAUAAAGCUGAUGAAGCCACAGGACACCAAACUUCACAUGGCCCUCUAUGUUCUCCAGGCUCUAACAGGAUCAUCCCAGGGUCUGCUCAACUGUGGAGUAUAUGGCUGGACACAGUACAAGUUCCACCAACUAAAGCAAAAGGCUCGGCGUGAUGCAGACACCCAGACACCAUUAUUAUGCUCACAGAAGAGAUUCUAUAGAAGGGGCCUAAGUCCAUUGGAGUCUACCCUUGCUUUUGCUACUAGCACCUCCAAUAUUUUUUGAAACUGUAAAACUAGAACACCUAGGAACUGGAAUUAUUCUACACUAACGAGUGGGAAGAGUGUUGAAGAACAUCUUAAAUCUUUUCUAACCAUGCCUUAAACUAAGUGAAAGGGGAUAUAGUGCCAUGGUUAGUAGCUACUCUAGGUAAAGUAGAUGGGAUCUAUUCAUUAUUCUCAGAUUCACAGUGAUCGUUAAAGUAUUUGUUCAGGGAUAUGAAGACACUUUCCACAUGAGAGAUAGGCUCAUGUUACUUCAAUAAAUAUUAGAUUUGUCUUA